AUGUUACAAGAAGACUCGCCCGGGGAGAAAUUUCUGGCUGAAGGAGGUUUUGGAAGAGUCUACAAAUCCCGGAAAAAUGACAUGGCAAUAAUCAUCAAGUACGUGAAAGGAGAGGUGGCAAAAAAAUAUAAGGAGGAGAGCAAAAUACUGGAAUCGUUAAACAAUGGAUCGAUCGUUGGAUAUAAGGGAACACGACAGAAAGGAGAUCAAUUGGGAAUUGAAAUGGAAUACUGCGAGAGGGGAUCACUUAGCGAAUGUUUG